UUAAUUGGCGUUUCAAAAAAAUAAAAGAACGAAUUAUUAACCACCUGGCCACAGUGCGAAUUGAGGAAUCAAAUUGAAAUGUCGAUGGUGCGAGAAGUGUGUCUUAUUGUGGUUUUAAUAUUUAUUACUUCCGAAGCUAGUAAAUUAUCCAAUAAACAAAAUGAAUUAUUAAGUCAACGAACCAAGAGAAGUGAUCAAUCAUUGAAUUACAGGCUUCCAAAUAAUUCACUUCCAAUAAGCUACGAUCUAUGGAUUAUGACGGAUAUACAUAAAAGUGAUUUAAAAUUCAAUGGGCGUGUAAAAAUUCGGAUAAAAAUAAUCGAGGAAAGUGAGACAAUAACAAUACAUUCACGUGACAUCAUCAUCACUAAGGUGGAUUUAUACGAUAAGGAAGGGAAUUUAAAUAAAUCCAGUUUAGAAUUUAAGAAUUCAGCGAUGGAAGAUUUUCUCGUCAUCAUGUUGCCAUCAUUUCUGAACGUCGAUGAUGAAAUUAUGCUGGAUAUAGACUAUCAUGGUAAUAUGACUAACAAUGAGACGAGUGGAUUGUAUGCGACAUCGUAUCAAGAUGAAGCAAAUGAGAAAGUUUGGAUGGCAGCGACACAUUUUCUCCCAAUAAGUGCUCGUAAAGCAUUUCCAUGCUAUGAUGAGCCACAAAUUAGAGUCCCAAUUAAAUUACAAAUUCAGCAUGACAAGUCUUAUCAUGCAUUAUCGAAUAUGCCAGUUUCAUCAAAUCAGUUUGGAAUUAGCAACGUCACAACUACAUUUUUUGAGACACCACCAAUACCAACAUACCUUUUAGCUUUUGUUGUCUCAGAUCUUGACUUUAUUGCCAAUAAAAAUGGGCAAAUCGAACAAAAGAUUUAUGGAGAACCUUUGAAAAUUCGAAAUGGAACCGCCAAGUUUGCACUUAAAACAGUCGAUGAAGUGCUAAAUAAAUUCAUUGAAGUACUUCCGAUUUCACUUGAAUUAAUGAAACUGGAUCACGUAGGAAUUCCACUGUUUAGCGGUGGAAUUGAGCAUUAUGGAUUAAUAACGUAUGAGGAGAGUUUCUUACUAUUAGAUGAGAAUGGAUUUAACGAGGAAGUUCUGCAAUAUUUUAAACCGCAAAUUAUUGGUGCAAUUGCACAUUGUAUAGCACAUCAAUAUUUCGGAAGUAUUGUCUCGAAUGCUUGGUGGCAAUACUUGUGGUUAAAUGAAGGAAUUACCAUCUUUUUCCAAUACCACAUCUCGAAUCUGUUAUAUCCAGAAUAUGAAUACAUGAAUUUAUUUCAAGAUUUAAUUGUACAGCCAUUAUAUAGUAUCGAUGUUGGUCUUAAGGAUGCAAUCAAUGACUUUGUGGAAACACCAACUGAAAUUGACCAAAAGUUUAAUUCCUUUGUUGUGGAAAAGUCAGCUGUAAUCAUCCGAAUGUUUUACGAGGCGCUAUCACCAUCAACAUUUACAAAAGGACUUACUAUCUUCUUAAAUGACAUGAGAUUUAAAGCUGCAAAUUCUCUUGAUCUCCACAAAGCCCUACAGAAAGCUUACGAUGACGAUAAACCAAAUAAUAAUUUAAAUAUUAGCAAGCUCAUGUCAUCGUGGGAAGAGCAGCCGGGCUAUCCAGUCAUAAGCAUUAGAAAAUCUGGAAAUGAUGUCAUUAUAACACAAAAACGCUUUCCAGAUGAGAAAGUCAAUGAUUUUUAUGCGAUUCCACUUACAUUUGCGACAAAAACAAAUCCGAAUUUCGAUGAAAAGACAGCAAAAGUGUGGAUGACAUCAGAAGUAAUAAAACUUAAUGAAAUCUUGAGCACAUUGGAUGAAUGGAUAAUAUUUAAUAUUCAACUAGUGGGAUAUUAUCGUGUUGAUUACAGUCGAGAGCUGUGGGAUGUCAUCAUAAAAGGCUACAAGGCAAACUUUCAAAUUAUUCAUCAUGUAAAUCGUAAAGUCUUACACGAGGAAAUAUAUCUUGGCUGGAGUAUAUUAAAGACAAAGACGGCAAGUGACUGUUUGGAAUUCAUGAGUGUAUUAGAAUAUGAAACGUCUGGCGUGAUUUGGAGGACUGCAUCGUAUUAUCUUGAACAACUUCAUAAAUUCUUGCUAUUUAGUGAUGUCUACGAGAAUUUUCAGACGAAAAUGCAUGAAAUUCUUAAGCCUCAUAUUAAGAUUUUAAAAGCAUCAAAAAGCGUUGACACAGAAUUUCCAGUUGAGAUUAAAAGAUGGAGUAUGAUAAGUCAGCAUCCUGAAUUUUUAGAACUUCAGUUAAGCCAACUGCUUAUAUACAUGCAAACUAAUUUAACAAGUGACAAGCCAGACUUAUGCAGUGCUUUGAGCAUUGCUAAUGAAACAAUUUACAGACAUUACAUCAAUGAAGUUAUUAACUUUGAAUUCUUAAUUGACAUGGAAGUUAUUGGCGGACUUGGAUGUUCCUUUAAUCGAACUCUUCUUGAAGAAAUGUUUACAACAUUCUUAAAUCCAAUAAAUGAAGUCGAACCUAUUUAUGUGACAAAUAUUAUGGAAGUUACAGUUGAAAGCAGUGUUGUUGGAUUAGAGACUGUUAUGGACUUGAUUAGUGACAAGUGGUGGGAAAUCAGUAAUUUACAACCAGAAUACAUCAACACAAUAGUCACAAAGACCCACCAACUCAUCAACUCACCAAAACAUCUUGAAAAGUUCAAAACUCUCACAUCCAAAUUAGUUCAAAAUCGAGCUAUAUUACCUGCAUUAGUAGCAUCUCAGCUGAAAACCAUCGGAGAGAAACUUGAAGACGAAGAGUGGAAGAACAUCAAAGAAUGGUUUGGCGUAGAAGAAGAACAAACAUCAUCAUCAUCAACAAUUACAUCAACAUCCCAAAUUGAAGAUACAACGUUGGAUGCCGUUUCACUAUCUACCUCAAUUAGAAUAAUUGCAAUUUGCAUUUCAUUAUGCUUCCUCUUGAAACAGAAAUUCACUUAGUGUGAGCAAUGGAGCUAAUUUAAUCAUGGAAAUAAAAUAAAAUGUAAUUCACUUUAUGAAUUAAUUUAAUUUAAUGAAUUUAAAUUAAGAAAUAAAACAAAACUUCCUG